CCAAUACAAACACAUUUACACCAUCUUUUCUCUACCAAAACCUGUCUAAACCAUAAUUCAUUCAAGACCUCAGACGCUUUGUGGUUUCAUCGCAGCAGAACAGCAUAGCAAAUCAAAUCAAGAUGGGUGACAACUUUGGCUACACGUACAGAACACCUCGGGCCAGCUUCGUGUUCAAGAUGAGACAAAUAUUCUCCCACGUGACAGAUGUUUUUAGUGAGUUUAGCAAGUUUAUCGCCCCUGCUUACCAUCAUGACAGGUGUGAGAGGUCGGUUCAGAUGCGACUCUACACGAUGCACAAGAGGGAGUUUGUCAUGGUGUUCAUCGUGUUCUUCGUGACGCUGGGCCUGGCUCUCUUCAUCGGUCUGGCUGGGCCUCCAAUUACAGUAACAGAGCAGCAGUCAGCGUCACAGCUCAGCCGACCCCUCAACCAGUCCCAGCUUCUCACAGGACCCUUUCAAAUGAAGUGCCCUCCUCUGUCCACCUACGCCCAGCAGCUGUGGCUCAUUGCGAGGGUACUGGUGGAUAUCAAGGAAGAGCAGUCGUUUAGCAAGGAGUUCCACCUGAGUGUGUCUGUGGAGGGCCUGACCAGGAACAGAGAGCAAGAGUCACUUCUACACGCUGACCAGCCACACAACAAGAGCCGGAAGUUGGAGUGUGACCAGAGAGGGUGUGGUGAGGUGACAGUGAUGCAUCUCAGUUACCUUCGCUACACUCACUACAUUAUCACUGUGAAUUUCUAUGGUCUGGCCGAGAUACAACAGUGGUGCGCCGUCAGGGAUGUUGUGUUCUAUUUUAAGACGUACAAUCCAAACUUCACUAAACUAGAGAUCUGGUUGAGGUUUAUCUUCCUCCUCCUUGCCUUCAUUGUGGCUUGCUGGCUUGCUCACAGUCUAAGGAAGUAUGCGCUGUAUGACUGGUCCAUUGAGCAGAAGUGGAUGUCUAUACUGCUGCCUCUCCUGCUGCUCUACAAUGACCCUGUGUUUCCAAACUUUUUGGUGGAGUCGUGGAUCCCAGCACUGGUCGACACAGUAUUCCAGGCAACCUUUCUGUGUUCUUUGCUGUUAUUCUGGCUGUGUAUUUACCAUGGGCUGAGGCAGAAUGAACGCAGCUUCUCGGCCUUCUACCUCCCCAAGCUGGCCAUUGUGGGGCUGCUGUGGGUGUCAGUGGUGGUGACGGCUGCGAUACAGAAGUGCAAUGAGAUUCACGAUCCUCUGUACUCUGCCACUCUGGAGACUAACCACUUCCAGAAAUUCAAAGUGUUCUUCUUCAUAACGGGGACGUGUUACUUGCUGUACCUGCUGUAUCUCAUCGUUACAGCCUACAGUGAGCUCAGGUCCAUGCCUUACUUCGACAUGCGGCUGAAGUUUGUCACACUCCUGAUGGUGGUGGUGGUGUGUGUGGGCGUCACCAUCACUGUGCUGCGUUUUGGUGUGGGCGUUCUGGAGGACAACUUUGUGGCGCAGCUGUCAACGCAUUACGAGUCGUCUGCACAGUUCAUGGCUUUCUACGGCUUGUUGAAUCUCUAUAUCUUCACUAUGGCUUAUGUUUACUCUCCCUCAGAACGGGCAUUGAUGGAAACCCAUAUUCUGAAGGACAACCCAGCCUUUAGCAUGGUGAACGACUCGGAUGAAGAUGUCAUUUACGGCUCGGACGAAGACACCAGACGACCACUCAACCAGCGUUCAAAUGACAAUGAUGAGAGUGAUUGAGGUGAUGAAGGGAGUUAUGAGAGUUAUGUGUUAGCAAGACAAGCUGAGAGAAUUGGAAAGACAGGAAAGGGAAAAGAGGGAAUUAUGAGAGUUAUGUGUUAGCAAGGUAAGUUUGGAGAAAAAAUAGAAAAACAGAGAAGAGAAAAGAGGAAAUGAGAGAGGAAAGAUAAGGAAGUGAAUGAGAGAUAAGAUGAUAAAUGGUGAAUAUGUGUUAGCAAGAUAAGAUAAGAGAAUCAGAGAGACAGAGAAGAGAAAAGAGGAAAGAGAAGGAAGAGAAUGAGAGAUAACAUGAUAAAUGGUGGAUAUGUGUUAGCAAGACAAGACAAGAGAAAGAUAGAAAGACAGAGAAAGGAAAAGAGGAAAGUUGAGGAAAUGGAAUGACAAGGAAGAAUAUGAGUGAUUGAAGCAACAAAGGAUGAUGAAAGUUAUGAGUUAGGAAGAUGAGGGAAGAGUGAGAGAAUUAGGAAGACAGAAAUGGGAAAAGAGAGUUUAAGAGAAUGAGAAAGAUGAGUAAUUGAGGUGAUGAGGAUGAUGAAAGUUAUGAGUCAGCAAGAUGAAAGAUGAGGGAGAGAGAGAAUUAGAAAGAGAAAGGAAAGUAAGAGAGUUUAAGCGAAUGAGAAAGAACGAUAAGGAAGAGAAUGAGAGUGAUGGAAGUUAAUAAGUGAGAGAGACAAGAGAAGAGAAGGAUAGAAAUACAAAGGGAAAAAGGAGAAAAUUUGAGAAAAUAAGAAUAAUGAGGAAGAAAAAUGAGAGACAUAGAAAGAUAUCAGUAAAAGAAGAAAGCUUUGAGAAUAAGAGAAAAAAUAGAGUGAGGAAAACAAGAGAGAAAAGAAAGAUGAAAAAAACAGUGAAAGGAAAAAAAAGAAGGAAGUUUGAGAAAAUGAGAACAAUGAGAAAAAAACAUAAGAUGAUGAAGGAUGAUGAAAAUUAAUUAGAGAAAAAAAAAAAAAAAGAAAAGGAAAAACGCUUUACAAAAUGAGACAGAGAGAUCAUUUACUGCAGUUUGGCAUAGAGUGGCUUUCUUGAUACCCAGAUGAGUGAAAACUGUUCUAUGGUACCUUGAAAUGAAACAGAUAGCAAAUACUGAACCCUGAGGAACAGUGGCCAGAAGCAUUAGUAAGGGUUCCCAGCUGUCACCUGUUGUGUUAUAAGCUUGAGUGUGGUGGGUAAAGACAAUGCCAGGCUGUGUUGGGCAUCUCUUAGCAAUGCCUCUUGUGUGUUUCAUGGAGAGUUUUGGCUGUUGUGUUGUGACCCUUUGGUAUUUCAUUGUAUGUGUUGCAAAGAGAGGUGGAAAGACAAAGAGAAGUGCAGUGUUGAGGAUGGCAGGAUUCGUGGGCAUUUCUUGUGUUGUGGAAGGAAAGUGUUGUGCCGUUUUAACCUCAGAGAGAAACAUUGAGUUGUGACAUAGAAUACAGUGUUGUAGGAUGACUAGAUGUUGCAUAAACUCAAGGCCUUUUUGUAUUUUGUGUUGCGGGGCAGAAGUGUUGGACAGUUUUAAAAUCAGGAAAGAAUAUCAAAUUACUAGAUAGGUUAGUUUUUUCUAUCAUGCAAUACAGUGUU